UGAAUAUUUUUCUUCCAUAUGCGUGUUCCCUCCAGGCAAUUGUCUAGCGUCACCUGAAAUUGAUGAGGGUUCUUUUGGAGGUUAUUUUUGGGAAACUGGAGAAACAACAGACAGCUGUUCUCAGGAACUAGUGUCAUAGGAUUUGCCAAAGCUAGCCUCCAGGAAAAAAAAAGAAAAGAAAAAGAGAGAAAAGAAGAGAAAACUGAGAUGCAGUUCCCCUUUUCUUUCUAGCAUUAGGUUUUUUCUUAGGGAAAUGGAAGUGUUAAUUCAAUUUCCCAAACACAUAGAAAGGAGAGACUGGCGUUUGCUAAGCACCUACUAUGUGAAAGAAAAAUAAGCAGUUUUAAAGUUUAAAACCAUUCAGCUAGGUGCUCCUGAGCACUCAUAUAAGACAAUUCAUGGCGUUUUCUAGUUUGUAUACAAUGUUCUUCCUAAUUGGACAUUGACUGAUCACCAAUAAAAGCAAAGUCAUUACUUAAAAUUGAUCUAGAUCCUCCUAUGCUGAGUAAUUAUCUUGUGGUCACUUUCUCGGCAAUAUUAGAAAGCCUUGAAACAUGAUAGAAAUGAGGUACAAAAUCCUUAAAUUAAAAAUCUCUGUUAAAAGCCUUGACAAAUGGCUCUGUCUUCCUCACAGUUUUGUCAAAUGAGUGGAGGGCUUGAUUUUAGGGAGAUCAGGAGAUCAAUGAGAUAAAACUGAUUGAGCUUGAGGCGGCAGAGGUUUGGAAGCUAGAUCAAGACUUGCAUAAAUCUAUGUAAAUCAAUUUGUGUGCCAGAGAAUGAAUAGUUGACUUUUUUCAAAUGCCAAUUCAGCAAUUACAAAGUCUGCUGGUGGUUAAUUAAAAACUACCAUCUCGUUAUGCUCAGAGUUAAAUUGCAAGUGUGAAAACUACUACUGCUUGCAAUAACUGAAUGCUCUGUACUCUCUGUACUGUCAUCAAAAGGAGGGCAGGGAUAAAUAACUUUUAUUUAACUCACUUAAAAAAAAUCUCUCUCAGCUCUUUCAUAUUUAAUUAACUUCUUAUCUUCCCGGAGCUUGAGUCUUACACAGAGUUCCUGAACAAUAAUGGAAAUAUUUGUUCAUUUUGUCCGGAAGAUUUUCCUCACAUCAGCCAAGCAAAGAAGAUUCCACUGUCAGGAAAGAGACCAGACUUCCAUCACCAUGGUGGAUGUGCAAUGUCUGAGUGAUGCUGAAUUGCAAAAUCAACUUAAGAAGCUUGGAUUUUCACCUGGCCCAAUACUGCCUUCCACCAGAAAAGUGUAUGAAAAAAAGUUAGUGCAGUUGUUGGUUCCACCUCCCUGUGCAUCACCUAUGCUGGAUGGACCCAGAAAGCCGGAUGGACCUAAGGACAGCGAUGACAGUGAAGAGCUUAAUAUCACUUUGAAAGGAAAUGUCAUACUCGCAACAGAAAAAAGCCAGGAUUCCAAAAAAAACUUAAUCUUUGAAAUUCAAGAGGCGCAGGAAGACAAGGUGAAACCAAAGUGUGGUUAUGAUCGUUUCAAGACGCUCAGAAAGGGAUUGAACUCACCACUUCAUGCCAGCCACACCACUGAGCUAAAUCCCUGGUCCCAAGAACAUGUUUUGAAUGAAAAAUUUAUUGAAUCAAGAUGGAGGCACAAAGAAAGACCUGGGGCUUCCACCAGUAAAACAAGAGCUCUCAAUGUCUACUGUGUGGGUCCGAAGCCUUCCAAGGCAAAAAGGUGCCCUGCCAGAGCGUGGAACUACAGGAACAAAUGUAGGACUGUCCCCCCAGGGACGAGGUGCUGUGUGGGGAACCUGAGUGACCUCAGGAGCCAGUUCCCAGUGUGCCUGAGGCUGGCUGUGCUUGGCAUUUUCUUCAUCGUGCUGUUCGUCUACAUUACUGUGGAAAAGAAGUCACUCUUCGGUUAGGCACUUUAGGAACAGGGCGUUGCACCGAGCCUUGGUAUCUCCGCACCAGCCCUUCUGCUUCAGGGACGAACCCAGGGCUAGGCCGGACUAAGCUGGCCAGCACUCUGAAGCCAGGCAGCCUUCCCUGGCCCUGUGACGGGCAGCACACAGCCAUAUCGGGGCCCAGCCAGGUGGAAAAAGAGAACCAGGCAGCCAUGUGGAGACAGUGAUGGUUAGCAAAUCCCCUGAGUGAUGUAAGUCAUCAUUAAAGGCACUUCCAUGUAAAGCGGAAUUCAAACAAGAAAACCAGCCUGCUGUUCUUCUCUCCUCUCCUCUCCUCUCCUCUCCUCUCCUCUCCUCUCCUCUCCUCUCCUCUCCUCUCCCCUGCUUUCUCUCCCCUCCCUUCCCCUCCUCUGCCAUCCACUCCUCUGCCCUCUCCUCUCCUUUCCUCCCCUCCUCUCUCCUCUCUCUCUUUCCUUUUCUUUGCAAACAAAAGAUCUCACAUCUUCCUCACUGAGCCAACCCACUAGUACAGAAAAUAGAAACAAAGAGAAAAUUAGGUUCUCAGGAAAACAUGUCCAGCUGGUAGACAGUGGCAACCUUCACAGCUUGGUAUGGCAAAGUGACAGUGACACCCCUACAGCAUAAAUGUGAGUCAUCUCAGGUGCCACUUGCUCAUAGACCUGGCUUGAUCUUCUUCAUUAAGUGGUGCCUAACUUUGUUAUCAGUUUUUAUCCAAAUCCACUGGGGAAGAACAGGUGAAUUUCUUUUGUUUCUCAGCCAGGAAUCCCUUGAUCCUGAGUCGUGGUAGGGUCCCAGGAAUGGAGUCUGUGAUAUCCCAGAUAGUGGAGAGGAGGAGACAGUGUGGUUAGCUACAGUGAUAAGUGGGAGGUUAUUUUUUAGUCACUCUGCAAAUUGUACAGCCAACCUCAAGAAAGGCUUCAAGAGCUGAUUAACAAGACAGGGGGAAGGUUGUGACUGGGGAAGAGCUCUCUGAAGCCUGAGCCCUAGGUUUGAAUCCCCUGCUCUAAACACAACAGCAAACUAGGAACGUGGUUAAGCCAACCCAAAGAAAUGCCCAGCAUCACAAAAACAAUUUAGAACAAGACAGCAUUUUUAUCUUCGGAAUUUAGAAAGAGUCUAAGAAAUAAAGGCCUAAGGAGGGAGGGUAAUGACCAGGGGCCCCCUCUUUUAUGGCUCUGUCAAUUAGCAUCAACUGAAAACUGAGACAGAACAGACCUCUGAGGGUACUGAAGAAUUUGAAGAAAUAAUGCAUAUAAACUACUUCCUGGGGUUGCAGUAAGCAAUCCAUAAGUGCGAAGCAGUGGUUCAGUGUGACCUCCUUCCCCUGGGAGGAGCCGGUUUUAGGCACGCGCUGUCCCAGUUUCCCACUCAAACACCCAACAAUGGGGAAAUAGUUGAAUAAACAGAAUUACAGUUACCACCUCCCCUCCUCCCUUCUCCUUCUCCUCCUCACCCUCCUCUCCUUUGCCUGUUCUUCUAUUUUCUUUUUGUGGUUCUACGGAUUGAACCCAGGACUUUCACACCGAGCUAUAUUCUUAAUCCUUUCCUUUCUUUUAAAAUUUAGUCUUUUAGAGAUUUUUGUUUGAAACAGGAUCUAGCUAAAUUGCCACAGCUGGGGUCCUCAGACUUUCAUUCUUUCUGCCUCAGCUUCCCAGAACACAUGAGAUUAUAAGUGUGCAAAGCUACACAAGGACAGGGAUUGUACAGCUUCAUGACAGAUAAUAAAACAAAAUUUAAAUAUUAGCUGGAUGUGUUGACCCAUGCCCACAAUCCCAGCACUCAGGAGGAUCACCUGCACUACAUAGUGAGUUCAAGACUGUUUGCUGUUCAGGGGAGGUGGGGUGCACCUGUAGUUCUACUUACUUGGGAGCCUGGAACAAAAAAAUCACAAGUCUGAGUGAGAACAUCUUGUCCAUGAAAUAAAACUCCAGUAAGUCUGGCUUAAACAGAUAGGAAUUCAUUUUUAUCUUAUAAGAAGUCUGGAACUUAAGACAUAUCAUAUUGUUUACCACAUGUAAUAUGAUUCUGAUUCAGAUAAACCAAAUAAAGAAAAAAUUGUGA